UUCCCCAUUUUCAACUUCAUUCUGACGUGAAUCGUGAUAGAGAUUUUUUUCGUACGACACAGUAUUAUGAAUGUUGUUUUAUUCUCAAAUUGUAUAUAAACGUUGUGUAAGUGAUAAUGUUGUGAUAAUGUGAUGUUGUACCUGUUAAAUAAGUGAAAUGGAGACGAAUGCAAAUCAAAAAGUAUCCUGUGUGGUAAACUAUGCAUAUGAUGCAUCGGAACCUGAUGAGCUGACAAUUAGACCUGGUGAUAUACUGAAGGAUAUAGAGCGUCUGCCAGGAGGCUGGUGGCGUGGGGAGCUCAGAGGAAGGAGGGGCAUGUUCCCUGAUAACUUUGUUACGGUACUUCAAGAAAAUGCUACUACAAGGUCGGGCGGAGUGCAGGGCAGGUGUCGCGCGGUGUUCAGCUACCAGCCGGCCAACCCUGACGAGUUGCCGCUGUGCGUCGGGGACGUGCUCGAAGUGCUUGGGGAGGUAGAAGAGGGCUGGUGGCAGGGCAGACGCCUAGGGCGCGUGGGGGUGUUCCCCUCCAACUUCGUGGUGAUGCUGGAGCCGGCCGCGCACGCCGCGCCCCCCGCGCACCCCGCGCCGCCCGUCGAGCCCGCGCCCGCGCUCCCGCCUAAACCUGUGAAGGAGCAGUGCCGCGUGCUGUUCCCAUACACCGCGGUGAACGAGGACGAGCUGACGCUCGCCGAAGGCGAUAUAGUGACGCUCGUGUCCCGCGACGCGCCCGACCGCGGCUGGUGGCGCGGCGAGCUGCACGGCCGCGUCGGCCUCUUCCCGGACAACUUCGUGCAGCUGCUGUCCGCUGUGGGGCAAGACGUGGAGGAGAAGAAACCAGACCGGCCGCCGAAUAAAGCAUUAAAAUGUAUCUAUCCCAUAUUAAAUAAGUACUCGGAAAAAACUGCCUCGGUCACGGAGCUCACAACUACAAAAUUAAGUAUGCACAAAGAGAACACGUUGAACAAGGAGAGCAGUGCUCAGAGUACAGUUACGCACACGAGCAAGAGUGAAUCGGAGAAAAUUUCACACAGCGAGACAGUCGUUGACGGUGGUGUCGAUGGACAGAUUAAAAAGCCACCAGUGCCGGUGAAAAAGAGUCCAACGCCGACGUCGACUGUCGGCGGUUUGUUCAGCGGGCUUAAGAGCAAAAUGCUUUCGUCGUCAGACAAGACUGAGAAAACCUCGAUAUCUAUAUCGAGCGGCAGCAACAGCAGCGUGGAGGGAGACAAGACGGAUGGCGUCACCAGCAGCAAGCUCACCACCAGCACCGUCACCAGCACCGCCUCCACCACCACCAACACCACCAGCACCUUCGACCACGUCGAGAGGAACUCCAUACUGAACGACCCCAGAGCUGGCAGAGUGAAAGCGCCCCGUCGUCGACCGCCCAGCCAGAUAAUAAGGGACGAUUCGCCCGUAGCUAUCGGGCUUAGCAAUGGACACGAGGUACCACCAGAAAAGGCGGACAAACCAGCGGUCAAAGCCGCGGAUAAAUCUGCGGAUAAAUCUGCAGACAAAUCUGCGGACAAAUCUGUGGACAAGUCGUCGGACAAAUCGUUGGACAAAUCGCCGGAUAAGUCGUUGGAUAAAUCUGAGAUAAAGCCUCGUGCCCGCGGCUGGGAGAAACACAAGGCGCCCUGGAUGGAGGAACUUAAACUCAACCAGGCUAAGAAAGGCGGCUUGGAGAGGCACAGGCACACCAGUACCGAUAGAAAAUGUAGUAUAAUAAUCAAGUCCCGAAACUCAUUGGAGAAGAAGGAAAGUCCACCGCCAGAGCUUCCCACCACCAAACCGCCACCACUCAACUCACCCACCGCAGCCGGUCGAACAUUGACUACAAUGCUCGACGACAUGAAGAAAACCGCGCCCCUCGCGCCAGCGAGACUCGACCUCGAGAAAUCACCGGAGAAACUCGACAGAACCGAGAUAUCACAGAGAGUCGAGAAAUUGGAGAGAGUCGAGAGGCAAGAGAGGGAGAAGACGGAGAGGAUCGAGUCGAUCAGCAUGUUCUCGGAGGAAGCGAGAGAGAGGGUGGGUGCGAGCGAGACGGCGAGCUCGCUGGAGAGGAGGCAGCUCGAUAGGAGUAAAGACGCGUUGAUUGCGCAGCUUAAUAAUAGAAUAACAAACCUAGAGAAGCUAUUAGAAGUACAAAACGCGAAGUUCACGGCGGCGCUCGACGAGCUGAGCGCGCGCCUGCGCGCCGAGGAGGCGCGCCGCCAGGCGCUGCACGCCGAGCUGGACAAGCUGGCGCAGUGCGUCACGCAAGUCUAGACACUUUACAGGUUUUUUUUUUUCAAAUAAGAAACUGGCCGCCCCCCCCAAUUAAUGGGCUAUCUCGCACUGAAAGAAUGUUUCAAAACGGACCAGCGGUUCCUGAGAUUAGCGCGUUCAAACAAACAAACUCUUCAGCUUUAUAAUAUUAGUAUAGAUUUACAUGUAAAAAGACGUACGGCGCCGAGAUUUGCGCACGAAACCAUCAUUCUUGUACACAUUCCAAUUUUUUUAUUCGUUACUUUUUAUAUAUUUUUGACUUGUAAAUUUAUGGUAAAUUGCAUUUUAUGUUUGUACCGCUUUGUGCAUUACAUGAAAGUCUAGUCUGUUUAACGAAAUUUUCUCUUGAAUCCGCUGCUAUUUUUAUUGGUAUAGAAAAUGGAUUGCGUAUGAUCGCUUCACGGUUACAAAGAAAAAGUAAUUUUAAAUCAAACGAAGGAUAUUUCUUAUACAUCAUUGUUUAUUGUUUAUUUAUCACUUAUUUGUUCUUGAGCGAACUACAAGAAUGUUAAUUAACGCACGCACACAAUUAUAUAAUUAAGAAAUUGUAUACACAUGCAUACCUAUUAUCGCUCAGAAAUAGGUAUAAGCGCUUUACUAUAUAUCUGUUGAUUGUACUAUAAAAAUAAAUCACUAUUAAGUUACUAUAUUGAUUAAAGAUUAAUUUCAUAAUAAAACCAGAAAGAUCGUCCGUGUACAAGCAUGGUUUCUAAACGUUAAAGGCAGUCUUGGGUGGAUAUUUGUCAUUAUUAAUUAUUUUCUAUUGUAUUAAAUUUGUAGCAGGAUGUUUCCAACACUAUCAAUUUAGCAUAUGUAUGAUAUUAUAUUUUUCAUCGUAGUUAAUCACACACUUAAAGGUUUUAUAAAAUACGCUUUUAACUUUUGUAGUACCCUUAAGAAACAAAUAAAAAGUCCAAAAAUCUAUACUAA